ACCGAACAAUUUGCUGUGCUGUGGAUACUCUUUACUGUAAUUGUACUUGGCAACUCUGCUGUGCUCUUUGUGAUGUUCAUGAAUAAAAAUCGAAAAUCGCGUAUGAACUACUUUAUAAAGCAAUUGGCACUGGCAGAUCUCUGUGUUGGUUUAUUAAAUGUGUUGACAGACAUUAUAUGGCGUAUAACAAUAUCCUGGCGAGCUGGAAAUAUUGCUUGUAAGGUCAUACGCUUCUCACAGGUGUGUGUCACCUAUUCCUCAACGUAUGUGUUAGUGGCCAUGAGCAUUGAUAGAUAUGAUGCCAUAACACAUCCAAUGAACUUUUCCAAGUCAUGGAAGCGUGCUCGACAUCUUGUUGCCGGUGCUUGGAUUACAUCGGCUAUAUUUUCAUUACCAAUACUACUGCUUUAUGAAGAGAAACUUAUACAGGGUCAAACACAAUGUUGGAUUGAUUUAGGCUCUCCAACUGCGUGGCAAAUUUAUAUGAGUCUAGUCUCAGCAACUUUAUUUGCAUUUCCAGCAUUAAUUAUAUCAGCUUGUUAUGCCAUUAUAGUUAAAACAAUAUGGGCUAAGGGUUCCGUAUUCGUACCGACAGGUUACGGGAACCCAGCUACAAGACGUGCUAGUUCACGCGGCAUUAUACCUCGUGCCAAAGUCAAGACAGUCAAGAUGACUUUUGUGAUUGUUAUAGUAUUUAUAGUUUGUUGGUCACCUUAUAUAGUAUUCGAUUUACUACAAGUAUUUGGACAAAUUCCGCAAACACAAACCAACAUAGCAAUCGCCACAUUCAUACAAAGUUUAGCACCACUUAAUUCCGCUGCAAAUCCUUUAAUUUAUUGUCUCUUCUCCUCUCAAGUAUUUCGUACCUUAAGUCGUUAUCCACCUUUUAAGUGGCUUACUUGCUGCUGUAAAUCCUAUCGUAAUAAUUCCACACAAGCACGUUGCAAGACAACUGGACGUCGCCUACAUAACAGCUGUGAUUCCAUGCGUACGCUGACCACCUCGCUUACAGUAUCGAAACGUUCCAAUAAAGCAGCACGUGUGGUUAUCUGUGAACGACCCAAAGAUGCUUUAGCCAUAUCGGAGGUAUGAUAACCAAAACGAAUGCAGCCAAGUAUUUCGAUGCCACAUAGUAGCAAUAAGCAAAUAAAUGUUAAUUUAGUUUAAGGAAAAAAUUUUUAAAUUAAAUUUAUUGUACAAAGUAAAUACUUUUCUGAACUUUUGGCUACAAAUUCUUAUAAAAUGUAUAAAAUUUUUUACUCAGCCCAGACAAUAAAAUACUGCAAAAGAACUUACGAAUUUUCGCCACACAUAUAUACGCAUACACGAGUAUAUACUGGUAACAUAUAUUGUAUUAAAAAUAAAGCAAAAUUAUAUUUUAAAA